AAGUGUGUAGAUCAAGAUUUUUGUACAAGAAAUGGAAAAGUUAUUUACUUUUGAAAAGAAAUAUAAUAACAUUGUGUUGGAAUUAAUAAAAUGUUGAAAAUAUUUAAAGUACGUUUAAAAAGAACACAAAAAUGUAAAGAAGGCAUAGUUCCUAAAUUAAAUUUGUAAGAAGUGAGUUGUUUAUGUGUUUUCAUCCAUCAGCUGUGCGGCGGUGCAACGAAUGAUGCAAGGGCAAGUGUCUACAUAGAAAUAAUAGAAAAGUGAAAGAUUUCUCAUGGUACAUCAUGAUGUGAUUCUGUCCCGUUCAAUUCAUUUACAACAACAUACAGAAAUACAUUGACCUCUUCCUGGGUAAUGUAAUUUGAGACAAGUUGAGAACUUAAAGUGUGCCAUACCACCAAGGAUUCCAAAAACCGAAUGAAAUCAGCCACAGAAUACAAACAAAAGUAUAAACAAGUUUAUUGAAAAUAUCAAAUAUUCAAUAUUCAUAUUUGUAACGGUCACAACGAACAAAUUUAACCACAAAUGCCGUCCUUUUGAAACUGAAAUUAAAACUGAGAUUAAAGUGCCUUCUUUUUAUAUUAAAAUUAACAUUAUUAUACUUACAUUACAUAAACAUCGAUUAGUAAACAUACAUACUUACAUAUAUACAUAAAUAUUAUGUACACGUAGCAGUUUAAGUUAUACAUAAAUACAUACAUACAAAUAUUCAUCGCAUAUUUUUUAUAUUCGUAUACAACUUUUACAUCCUUCGUUACUUUUAAGAGCCAUAUUUAGACAUACGAUAUAUAAAUGGGAUUAGAUCCUUAGCAGAGGUUGCUACAAAACUGACACAUCAAAAGAUACCAGAAACAAGUGCAAUUUUUUGUAACAAAAUCCUAAACUAGAAGAAACUGUUUUAACUUUGAUUCUAAGAAUCUAUUUGUCAUUUGGCAUAAGAUGUCAUCAUCGCCUGCUACAACAAGUGUAAUAACUGCUAACGAACUUGCUUUGACGGCUGCCCAAGCCAAUAUGCAUCAUCGUGGUGGACACAUGAAUGAGGCACCUCUUUCGCCGGCUCGUGCUAAUUCCGUAUCGGUGGCUGGUGCAACUGGCACAACGACAGGAAAUAUAGUGACAACAAGUAUGGCCAAUUCGGGUGCUGGAACGGGCAAUGGCUUGCCGUUGAUAUCACCGAAUGCAAUGCAUCGUUCACCCGACAGUCCUCAGCCGGAAUUGGCUACCAUGACGAAUGUAAAUGUUUUAGACUUGCACACAGAUUCAUCCAAACUUUACGAUAAGGAUGCUGUUUUUAUCUAUGAAAGUCCAAAGGUGGUGAUGACCGGUGGCAGUCAACAAGACGAUCAUGUCAUUGAUGCUCGCAUGGUGGCUCAGUUAAAUCAGCAACAGUCUGCUGUACAAACAGCUCACGAGAACCAACCUCUGGCCAAGAUUGAGUUCGAUGAGAAUCAAAUAAUACGCGUGGUGGGUCCAAAUGGAGAACAACAACAGAUUAUUUCGCGAGAAAUCAUAAAUGGAGAACAUCACAUAUUAUCGCGCAACGAGGCUGGCGAACACAUUCUCACUCGUAUUGUUAGUGAUCCAUCAAAGUUGAUGCCGAACGAUAAUGCUGUAGCUGCAGCCAUGUUUAAUCAGGCCCAGAAGUUGGCCAAUGAUCACAACGUCUACCAGACCUCGCCAUUGGAUGCUUCUGUUCUUCAACACUAUGACUCCGAGGCAGUGGUUAAAACUGAAGUUGACAUUUAUGACGAACAAAAGAAACACAAUGCAGGCCAAAUUAUCUACACUACAUCUGAUCAAGAUGGCGGCGGCGGUGGUGGAGGUGGCAACACAAAACAAUUGUCUCACUUGCCCAUGGGUGCCAAACUGGACCCCGAUAUGUAUCCGUCAGAUAAACAUAUCGAUUUGAUCUACAAUGAUGGCAACAAAACAGUCAUCUACACUACAACAUCGGAUCAGAAGGGCUUAGAAAUUUAUUCUGGCAGCGAUUUAAGUGGUUUAGUGGCCGAUGGCCAAGUCGUUGUACAAGGUGGUCUACAAUAUGCCGGUCCCGGCGGUGCUGGUGGUCAGCCCGUUUACAUUGUAUCAGAUGGUGCCUUACCACCUGGAGUGGAAGGUCAUAUUCAAAGUGCUCCCAGUGCAAAGCUAAACGGUCAAACCACACCUCUUGAUGUGUCGAGCCUAUCGCAAAACGAGAUACAAGGCUUAUUGCUUGGCUCACACCCAUCAGCAACUACGGCUGCUGUGGCGGCUGCUGCCGCAAAUGUCACCACAACAACAACUCUAGCACAACAACAACAGCAGCAACAACAACAACAACAGCAGCAGCAAUCAACCAUAGUUAGUGCAGCUGGUGGGGGUACGGGUACAGUGGUCAUAACAGCUGAUCAACAUCGUCAACAGGCCACCACAACCACGAUAAACAUUAAAAGGGAACCGGAAGAUUUGCGUAAAGAUCCUAAAAAUGGUACCGCUAGUAAUGGCUCAACAGCCAGUAGCGGACAAAAGGUUAUUGUAUUACAACAAUCACCAUCGCCCACACAAAUACAUAUCAAAGAACCGCCACUUAGUCCUGGAAGCCCAACAAAUCAUACAGAAGCCAUGUACGCUGCCGGCGGCGGCACUCAAAUUUAUCUGCAGGGUCCUCAUCAAAACUCAGCAGCUGGACCGGGCAGCAAUGUAAACACACAAACACCCAGCCCUGGACCUUAUAUAGGAGCCGAUGGCUAUGGCAUGUAUACAACUAGUCGCUUGACAACAGCUCCAACCACCACAUUCAUCUCGGAACCCUACUAUCGUGAAUAUUUCCCAACAGAUGGUCAAGGUUAUGCACCUACCCGCACUAUAUACGGCGACAGUGAAGGUCCCCAUCCGGGCACCACUUAUGAAGGACGUUUCACUACCACAACCACCAACAGUGGUGGUAUACCACCUCCCCAUCCAUCGGCGAAUGUAACGAAAAACAAUGGCGGCACCCCCAUCUAUGCAAAGACAGUAACAGCUGCUGGUCUUACAGUCGACUUACCCAGUCCGGAUUCGGGCAUAGGAGCAGACGCCAUAACACCGCGAGAUCAAAACAAUAUACAACAGUCCUUCGAUUAUACGGAACUUUGUCAGCCCGGUUCAUUGCUGGAUAACAAUGGCGGCAUACCUGUUUCGGUUAAUAGCAUACAACGUGGUGCUGUUAGUGUCCAUGGCGGCCAGAAUAGUCCCACAACCUCAUUAGGUGGCACCAGUGCUAAUGGUAGUGCUACUCGUUCUAGGCCAUGGCACGAUUUUGGUCGACAAAAUGAUGCUGAUAAAAUACAAAUACCAAAAAUAUUCACAAAUGUUGGUUUCAGAUAUCAUCUAGAGUCGCCAAUAAGUUCAUCCCAAAGACGAGAAGAUGAUCGAAUAACCUACAUCAACAAGGGACAAUUCUAUGGCAUCACCUUGGAAUAUAUACCCGAUCCCGAUAAGCCCAUCAAAAAUACAACAGUUAAGAGUGUGAUUAUGUUAAUGUUCCGUGAAGAGAAAUCGCCUGAAGAUGAAAUUAAAGCCUGGCAAUUUUGGCACAGUCGACAACAUUCUGUGAAACAAAGAAUCUUAGAUGCAGAUACCAAGAACUCAGUGGGUCUAGUUGGCUGUAUUGAGGAAGUCUCCCACAAUGCCAUAGCAGUCUAUUGGAAUCCUUUAGAAAGUUCUGCCAAGAUAAAUAUCGCCGUGCAAUGUUUAAGUACAGAUUUUAGCAGUCAAAAGGGUGUGAAGGGUUUACCACUACAUGUACAAAUCGAUACAUUUGAAGAUCCUCGUGAUGCCCAAGUCUUUCAUCGAGGCUAUUGUCAAAUUAAAGUUUUCUGCGAUAAGGGUGCCGAACGUAAAACUCGUGAUGAGGAACGUCGUGCUGCUAAGCGUAAAAUGACCGCUACGGGACGUAAAAAAUUAGACGAACUUUAUCAUCCGGUUACAGAUCGUUCAGAGUUUUAUACAAUGCAGGAUCUUACCAAGCCGCCGGUAUUAUUUUCACCAGCCGACGAUUUGGAUAAGGUAAGAUUUCCAAUGCAUUCAAAUAGUACUACUAGCACAUUGUCUACUACUACUUCCUCCACAACAUCUGUUAUAAUACAACCAUCAAAUCAUACUACUACUACUACCAAUACAACUUCUCCACAACAUUUAACAUCUCUAACCACACAAUAUCAUGACGUGUAUCAUAAUAAUAACAAUACGUUUGGUAAUUCUUCGCAGGGCUUCUAUGGCCAUGAGUCUGAUGGAGCGCCAGAUUUAAAAGGUGCCUCACCAUUCCUCUUGCAUGGACAAAAGGUAGCCACACCAACAUUGAAAUUUCACAAUCACUUUCCGCCCGACAUGCAGACUGACAAAAAAGACCAUAUUUUGGAUCAAGGUUUAGCCAUGGGUGAAUUUGGACCUCCUUUGAAGCGUGGCCGCAUGACACCGCCCACCAGCGAACGGGUUAUGUUGUAUGUGAGACAAGAAAAUGAAGAUGUUUACACCCCCCUACAUGUUGUGCCACCCACCACCAUCGGCCUCUUAAAUGCGGAUUACGGCGAAAAUUGAUGAUGACAUGAUUUCGUAUUAUUGCAACGAAGACAUUUUCUUAUUGGAGGUGCAACAACUGGAGGAGGAAUUGUAUGAUAUAACGUUAACAGAAUUGCCAAACCACUGAUGGCAAAACAAUACGCCCACUCCUCCCACCAACACCCCCUCCCUUUAAGAGACUUGUUGAAACAGCAUUUCUUUUUUUCAUUAAAAUAAUAAACGAUGAGUAAAAGAAAAAGGAAACUAUCUGAAUUUUAUCUAAAGGAUGAGAUGGAUGAUAUUAUUCUUUUGUGUAUAUAGCCAUAAAAAUAGUUGUAAUAACAAUAAUAAUUAAUAAUGUUAACACUUUAAUUAACAACAACAAAUCAACGUUUGAUUAACAAAUAAAUGUACAACAACAAUUGGAGAGAAGCAGCAGCAACAGCAGCCGCAUGCUUAAAACAGUUAGACCUACAAAUACUGAUGGACUCAAAGUUAAAUGCACAAAUAAUCUAAAGGUUACAAUAACUACAAUAAAAACAACAACAACAACAUCAUCAAAUAAAUUAUAUAAACAAUAUAUAUAUAAAUAAACAAUAUGUAGUUAGUAAGUAAAAUUAAUUAAAACAUUAAACAAAAUAUUUAUAAAUGAGAUUUUUUUAUUACUUAUUAUUAUUAUUAUAUGAUUAUAUAACUUUAAUGUUUUAUUUUUUAAUUUUUUUUUAAAUAUUAUUGUCUACAAUUUAAAACGAACAAAAAGUGAACAAUUUUAAAUUAAAUUUAAACAAAAUGCUCCAUAAGAAAAAUACUUAUUUACAUACACGCAUUUAAAGUGUAUGACGUUUAUUUUUUUUUUUAUUUAAAUAUUUUUGUAAUGACCCAUUCUAUAAGUGCCAAUAGUAUCAUGAUUCAUAUACAAAACUACUUAUUUAAACUUAAAACCAACAAAGAAACAAAUGCUCUUUUGCUAUUAAAUAUAUUAUUUGAGAAAUUUGUAAAUUAAAAUUAAAAUUUCAAUACUUUUCAAAAGUACUGCUCAGUCUAUUUGCUUAAAAAGGGACCCCAAUCUUAAAUAAUAAAAGGUCAUCAUUAAGUCCUUUAUAUAACUUUAAAAUUUGUAACUUUCGACUGGGUUAGUAAGCGAACAAUAAAAUACUCUUAAUUUUUAUUUUACUUUAAAUAUAAUUUUUAUUAUAAAAUAGUUGCUAAUGAAAAAAAAUUGUUAUUGUUUUAUAAAAAAUGUUGUUUAAGAUUAAAAAAAAAUAUGUUUUUCUUAAAGAUUCAAUACGAUAAGAUUGCGUUGAAUUUUGCUAAGAGUAAGAGGUUUUCUUUUUUAAACUCUAUUACUCCCUUCUAAAUACUAACUUUAACUAUUUAAUAUAAACUACGAUAUAGAUCAAACUUAGUUAUUAAACCCUUUUUAUAAGCGUUUUUUCAAUCUGUGUUUCUUUUUUUUAUUAUUUUUAACUUUAUGCAAAAUAAAACAUUUUUUUAAACAUAAAAAAAAACAAAAUUAUUUUUUAUCUUAAAACUGGCUCUUGUCUUUUUUUCUUUUUCAACCACAAAAAUAUAAGAUCUCAAUUUUAAAUUGAACUCUCUCUUUAACUCUUCCAUGAAAAAAAAACAUAAAGUCUUAGUUAAACAUAAAAACUUACAAAAAAAAAAAAAACAAAAUAAUUUAAAUAAAUCAUUUAAGAGAAAUGCAAUAAUACUACUAAAUAAUUAAAGCAACAA